AUGGGUGAAUACUUAAAUGGAUCCGUGUUGACAACAUCUCUCGAAGAGAACGUCACAGAUGACGUCAUACUCACAAACACACACGCCCUCAUAGGGUCGAGGUACCAGACCAUAGCUCUUAAGGCGGUAUACGCCAUUAUUGGUACCCUGGGAGUCUUCGGGAACGGGUUGGUCUGCUUGAUAUUCCUCACGCAGCGUAGGUCGUUUCGCUCGGUUACCAAUCUACUGAUCCUGAACCAGACGGUCAUUGAUUUGUUUAAUGCAUUCAUUUUCCUCGUCUUGAGGCUCUCACCGACUAUUGACAAACUCCCGGAGUCCAUUCUAGGGGACAUCAUCUGUCGAUUAUGGGUAUCGGAAUACAUCAUGUGGUCCCUCUUUAUAGCCUCAACUAUGAACCUCGUAUUGAUGUCACUGGAGAGAUACUACGCUACCUGUUUCCCUGUAAAACACAGAUACCAUUUCACGGCUCAGAAAGCCAAAAUCGGCAUGCUGUUCUCGUGGCUAUGGGGUUUCGUGUAUCAACUCUACUGGUUGAUUAUCAGAGAUUUUAAAAAUGGCGUCUGCGGGUUGAAGUGGUCCAGCCCAACCCUCCAGAAGAUCAUGGGGAUCUUUCUCUUCCUAUUGGAGUACUUCAUUCCGUUGAGCGCCAUGACGUUCUCUUACGUCAGCAUUAUUCUAAUGUUGCGCAGGCGCGGUGCAGACGGACAGAUCGCGUGUAGCGCUGAGGAGUAUAGUCGUCCAUCAAGUCUGAACAAUAUUGUGCUGGGAAACAACACAGGUCUUAACGGUCAUGGCUCCCUUACCAAUCUGAAAAUGUGA